AUGGGUCCUUUUGAUGGCAUGGUCGGCAAAGGCUUGAAGCCUCUUACGGCACAGAAGCAGAAAGUGCACUCGCAGACCAUCAAGACUGGCCCGACUACCACUUCAAAGCACAGAUCUCAGCCCGCUCAGUCCACUUCCAAACCUUCACCUCCUCUCUCCAACGGGCAAGGUAAGACUCUUAAUGGCAAUGCGCCCAAGCCGCAGAAGCAAGCAUCACCUGCGCAUUCCCGAAGCAAUGAACCAAAAGCACGUAUCAAAGAAGAGAAGAGGUCAUCUAGUUUGAAGAGGUCGUCACCAACAGUUUCCACGCCACGUUUCGAUUCGGACAAUAGCGACGAAGAUGCGGAAGUCAAAUCCAGCAAGCGAAGGAAGGUCGGAGAGGAUGCUUGCGUCGAUCUCAGCCGCCGUAUUCGAAACAUUCACUCGUUCUCGGUCCUCCAAGACUCGGGCGCUUUGCCAAUGAUCCAUGCAGCGGACGUUGCAAAUCUUGGCACCGAUGAGAAGCCGAAUCCCAACUAUGCAACCUUCUUUACGGCUUUGACAGGCGAUGAAGACGAGGCGCCGGUGAUUGAACUUCGGUACCCUAGCGUAUCGCACAAAGAGCGCUACCAAAUGGUGCAGGGCAAAGCAGGUGACGAUUUCAAGCCUCUGGACGAGAUCAUCCAUGUUAUCAGCACCGUGGCAGAAAAUUAUUUGCUACCUUCACAAGCAGAGCCAAUUACCAAUGAAUCAAGUGGCUUGUUGCGAGAUCUGAAGCGUGCUCGUCUCCGAGGGCACAAAGGUGAAGCUGGGGCUCAGUCGAAAUACGUGGCAGGGGUGGAAAAAUACAACGCUCUCUUAGAUUCGUUGAGCAAGGAUGGAUCGAUACAGAAAAACCUGGACGAAUUGCACUCUCUGAAACUUCCUCUGGUCGAAACGAUCCUUCAGCAAAUAUAUGCCCGCACCGUUUCUCCCCACAUCCACACUCUUCGUGCCUACGAAAAUGGUACAGACAAUGUGUACGGUGAACUGCUCCCACGAUUCUGCAGUACCAUCUUCAAGCAUACCAGACUCAACUCCUCUCACGUGUUCGUGGAUCUGGGCUCUGGGGUUGGCAAUGUCGUCUUACAAGCUGCUUUACAAAUCGGCUGCGAAAGCUGGGGAUGCGAAAUGAUGCCCAAUGCGUGCGAGCUGGCUGCUCUCCAACACGAAGAGUUCAUCGCUCGAUGUCGCCUCUGGGGCCUUGCACCCGGCGAAGUGCACCUCGAACGAGGCGACUUUCUUCAAAACGAGGCAAUCGGCAAGGCACUCAAAAAUGCAGAUGUGGUGUUGAUCAACAAUCAAGCCUUCACCCCGGCGCUCAACGACAAGUUGAUCAUGCACUUUCUCGACUUGAAGGAGGGCUGUCAGAUCGUCAGUCUCAAGAGCUUUGUCCCUCAUGGUCACAAGAUGCAGGCCAGGAAUAUGGGCAGCCCGAUUAAUGUUUUAGAUGUCAGGGAAUUGGAGUACUUUUCCAACAGCGUCAGCUGGACUGAUGCUCCGGGGAGGUGGUAUGUACAGACGAAGGAUUCGAGAAAGGUGGAGGCUUUCCAGCGGAAAAUGAAUGGUGCUUGA